AACAACGCAGGCCACAAGUAUAUAAACUAUAGCCAAUAGACUAACCAAACACAUGACAGAUAUAAUUGUUCUAUGGCUUAUGGAAACUGAAAGGAGGAAUGUGAUUGGUUGCUAGGGGCGGCUGCUCCACUUCAUAUCUACACUGCACUGUUAUACACCAGGCCCACAGUGUUCUGUGACACACAUCUCUGUAGAGGGCACAGCCAUUCCAGAAAGUUCUGUGCAGGGUCUUGAGAUAUGUGUAGUAUCCGCUCAGAUCCUCGCCCCUGGCUCCCCUGCUUGGACUGGAGGGUUGCAUGCCCUUCCGAAUGAACAGCAAUAUAGAAAAGUAUCCAGCACCAGGAAGGCAGGUAUCCUGAUGCUGAGAAAUGAACAGUUUUCUGUUUCCAGUAUUUAGGUUUCUUUCGUUGGACUAUGAGUAUGAGAAUUUCAUGAAGCAUAAACUUGCUACGUCUCGGAUGCUUAUUUCGUUUCCUAAAGAAAUUCUGCAAGAGGAACAAUAUUAUCACAGCAACAUAUUUGUCAAUGAUAUAUAUAGACGACCAUGGAAGAGAUCUGUUCCAAUCUGCAAAGUAGAUGAAGAGGAAUCUGUAGCAGAAGUAUGCAAAAGAUUUGUUUCCUUCACUGACUUUCUGGAAAAGCAAUAUACGUUAAAUAAGGAAAAAUCUUUGGACAUUGUUCCAAGUUCAAAUCCUUGCUCUCAGAUAGACUUAGAGGAAGUGUAUUCUGGGCCUGAACUUUAUGUACCCGAGGAUAAGCACAAUUAUGAAGAAAGUUGGAAGACUAUUUUGUCAAAUACCUUAGAAGAUUAUCUACUGCCAGAGGAAAUUGUAUUCGUAGAUCAUCUUGCAGAAUUUGGAUCGCAUAUACCUAGAACGAGAUCUCUGCCAAGCAGAUUAAAAACAGUUCCUAUACAAGACCCAUUGGUGGACUGGCAAAGGAAUGUCCCUGCUGAUAAAUCACUUUUCAGAAUGAACACAUCAAUAGAGAAAAACUUAGAGCCAAAUAUGUUCUUGGAAGAAUUCCACAUGCUUCCUCAAAGUACAGAAGAGCUUUGCCUCUCCCAGCCUUGUAUUCUGGAAUUGAAUAAGAAUUCUACACAAUGCAGAUCUUCAUUGUCUGAACUUAUCACAAUUCAGCAGCUUUCUCCUGAAGAGAUGUUAGAGGAAAAUGGAAUAACAAACAUAGCAGCCUUGUCUACGAAAAUGAAUUCCAAGGGUGAUUUUAUUGAACAAAUUACUGUUGAAAGAAACUUAAAUUUAUGUAAAGAAGAACAUGAGGAGAAGAAUGUCUGUUUUAGGUCAUACCAUGAUUACGAGCUAGAGAUUCCCAUCACACCACCGUGUUCAAAGCCUAAAGAUGCAAUAAACAAGAACUGCGUUAAUCUCAUAGAAGAAGAAUCAUCACCUUCUUCUAUUGGCUUUCACAUUACAGAUGCAGACAAAGACAUUUUAGAAAGCCAAGGGAGCAAUUCUGCUGUUAAACCACUGUUACUUAAAGUUCCAUUUAUUAAGGAAAAAUCAGAGCACCUUAGUAUUGAGGAAGUGAAAGGAAGGCUAUCCAUCAAUCCAGAUACAUCUGUUCUUGUUACUUUGGAAGAAGACUGGAGAAAACUGAGAUCAAACACAAAAGACCCUUGUAUCAUAGAAAAAUUGAGAAUGAAUAUUUCCAGUACAACAAACUUAAUUCCAAAUGAGAAUGAGUCAUUCAUCAAGCUGAAUGGAGUUUUAGAAGAGAAGGACUCUCCAAUAAAGCAGAAGACUAGCGUUUACAAAUGGAAACAACAGUCAUCCAGUAAUGAUUUUUCAGUAUCCAUGUUACAUUCCUCCUCCUCACAGAACAAUGUGACCUGUAUGGAUACUUCCAAUAAUGCAGACAUAACUACAGAUAAUAUGAAAGUAGAUACGCAUGGAGACAACGCAGAUAAAGCAAAAGAAUGUCUACCUUUAACUCAAGAUAAAAAGCAGUAUCCAACACCAGUAAAAGAAAUAUUAUCUGUUAGCUAUGUGAGCCAAGCUAGUAGCAGUCAACAGCAAUCUAAGAAAAUUGUGGAUGGAGGUCUAAGCGGGCAUGAUAACCAAGAAAAAGAAGAUUGUGAUCUGCUUUCUAGUUUCAUUGCUCUUAGAACCAAGAGCUCAAUAGGCCACAGUGAAUGCAAACAUGAAGAGAAAGUGUUAUCUCAAGCUAAUGAUGCACAGAAAAGAAGAUCUACCACCAAAGAAAAUGCUAUGUUCCGCAAUAUUAUUUCUAAAUCCAUGCCGGAAGAGUUUCCUAAGCAGCAGAUGAUAACAGUGCAUGUUGCACUUUCUGGUAGCCAACGUCAGGCUUACCAUGUCCUUCAAGCUGCUGCUAAACCAGUACUAAACAAACUUGUCUGCCUUGAAGUGGUUGAAUGUAUGAAUUGGAACUUUGCAUCAGUCCCUUUUGAUUGCACUCGCUUUUUAUUACGGAAGCAAGAAAAAAUAAGCAGCGAAAGUGGCAAAUUAGGAAAUAAGCAUGAGAAAGACCUGAUAGUAUUCAAGAAAGCAGUCCUUCUGCACAUUCUGGUGACACUCCGAGACCUAUCUUUUAUGUGUUCCUUGGAGGCAACUCUAGAAUACUUGUGUAAAGCAAAGCAGGAAUACAAGAGUGUACUUGGACCCUAUUUGGAUGAUGUUUGGAGAAAGCUGAGAGUUGUUCAGUUUGUCAGAGAUAAAGCAGAAGAACCAGAUCCAAAAAUCACAGCAUUGUUGAAGUGGAUGGAAAAAGCAAAUAAGAAAUCUGAACACUAUAAAGUACUUAUACUAACUCAAAUGAAUGCAAAAACCAUAGAAGAAACUCUAAAUAAUAUCUACAUUAAAGCUGGAGGUUUUAGAGCUACUGGCUUAUAUCCAGCAAAUGGAAAUACAUUCGUGGAGACCAAAGAUGUGCUCGACAGCUUAAAAAGUUACUCUUGUGUCAUAGUCAACAACCAGUACGUAGGAAAUGACUUUCCAUGGACUUAUUUCUCUCUGGUUAUAGAGUAUGACUGCACAAAUUAUUGGCUACAAUUGUGUCAGAAACUAAACAUCUCACACAUGAACCUUAAAACAAGUGCGCCAAAUAAUCUUUUGUUGGAAACACCAAAGCACAACCACCAGGGUGGCAUUCAUAUUCCUUAUGUGUUGCUGUCAUCAGAGCUUUUCAAUCACUCAGAAUUACUUCACAUUCUUGAGUCCAGACAUAACAUAACAUUUAUUGAGAGGAGCUGCAACACAUCUGUACAUUUAUUUGGAAAUAAAAACCAUUGUGCCAUAAUAACAGUUGAUGUUUCCACUGCCAUUAUUAUACAGGACCUGGAGGAAAUAAUGUGUAAAAUAUCAGCAGAGACCCUUAUCUUAAAACUUGUAGCCUUGUCUCUGCAGUACAGCUGCUGCUGGGUCCUCUUAUAUGAUAAGAAGAGUAAUCAGUCUGAGUACAGUCUUUCAGCUGAUAUACUCCAUGGUGUUUGUUUAACUUAUGCAGCUGUAAUCAUCCUUACCAAAAAAUCUGAAGAUGUGGAUAUAAAGGUUUUAAUUUCUUCAGGUAUAGAUAAGACUGGAUCAUUGAUUCACCAGAUUGUAGAUUACACACUUAAGACAUGCAAAAGUGACCCCUACAAGUGGUUGGACAGAUCCUGGCUUUCCGUACAUAUGUCUAAGGAAGAAAAAGUUUUGCUUUCAUUCCCAUGCAAUAAUCCCAUGGUGUCUCGUCUACUGCUAUGUAGAGGAUCCUCCUUACAAUGGUUACUUUCUGCAACCAUGGACCAACUUAAAGAAUUGUUCCCAGAAGUUCCCUCAAAAGUUCUAAAGCACUUUAGUGAUAUCACUGCCAUCCAUCAGUUAAGUUUAGCAGCCUCCCCCAGACCGUCUCAACCACCAACCAGUAUGGAACCAACUGCUGCCAUUCAAGCACCUUCCACCAACAUUCACAAUCAAUGUGUCAGCAACAAAUAUUUGCAGUCUGAAACUUUACAGAGUAAAUCAAAUACUACUAAAUAUAAUAAAACAUCUUCAUCUUUACUUUCCCAAAGAAUUCAAAACAAAGAUGAUGCAUCAACUUCAUCCAUUCACACAGUAGAGUGUUAUAGGAGGUCCACCAUGUCUGAUUCAUUGGUGAUGUUUGGUCAGAAUGUCAGCAUGGAAACAAAUUUUGGUACAUUACCACAAGACAAUUCUGUUGUUGGACCAUUUUCUUCUGGACAACACAAAAUAUUGCACAGAGUUUCCUAUCAUCCAAAUGCUAAACAAGCACCAAGCUUUUCUAUUAACCGAGAAAGCUUCUACGCAGAUUUAUCAAGUGAAUGGAAUUCAGCUAAUUCAUCAUAUUGUGAAAAUGAAAUAAGGGAUGCUAUCGCUAUAAGCCAACCUCUGCCUUCAGAGAUACAAAGGAGCCUAUUAAAACAAACCCAGGGGACAUUUCACAAUCAUCUUGUCACAGUUAACAACAAUGAAGAGUCUUAUUGCUCCAAAAAAGGAAUUGUUGGAAAGAGGAGAUUAACAGUGAACAGUGUCUUGACAAAGGAAAAAUUGUCAGCAGAAACAAGUAUUACUGCGCAGUCCCAACAAAAAAGAACAAAGUUAACUUAUGAAAGAGUUCCAGGAAGAUGUGAUGGCCAAACUCGCCUCAAGUUUUUUUAAUAAAUACUUUAGUAUUUUAUUUGUUAUUUCCUCUGUAAGUUAAAGGGGUACUCCUUUGGAUAGAGAUAAGCUGCCUAGGGGUGGACUACCUGUUUAAGCAUAUUUACCAAACUUUGACUUUAAUAUAUGAAAGUUAUGAAUAUAUAGCCAGUUUCAUG